AAAACCCCCCUCUCCUUCCUUCAUUCUCUUCCCCUCUCACCAUCACCACUCACUUCUUUCUCUCUCUUUUCAGAGCCUCACAACUCAAACCCACCAUGGCGGCAGGACUCUCCGCCGCAAUUGCCUGGAAGCCCCUCCUCCGACCUCACCACCACCACCACCACAAACACCAAUCCUUCAAUCCUCACACUCCAACGCCUGCUUCCUUCUUCAGAACACACCAGAAGCCCGCAACUAUAAAGUUCACUACCUGUGUUCUCAUGGAAGACCCCAAGAAAACCGCCAGCAGCCACGUGGCGGAAAGCGAAAAGGACGAAGAAGAAACCGUUGUGGUUUAUCCUCAGCUGGUUCCGCCACGUGUCGCGGAGAGAUUGGCCAGGAAGAAGUCUGAGAGAUUAACGUACCUCAUUACCGCCAUGAUGUCUAGCUUUGGCAUCACUUCCAUGGCGGUCUUCGCUGUUUAUUAUAGAUUCGCAUGGCAAUUUGAGGGUGGAGAAAUUCCAUUGUCUGAAAUGUUUGGCACAUUUGCUCUCUCCGUUGGUGCUGCUGUGGGUAUGGAAUUUUGGGCUAGAUGGGCACACAGAGCUCUCUGGCAUGCUUCUUUGUGGCACAUGCAUGAGUCCCACCAUAGACCAAGAGAUGGACCCUUCGAAUUGAACGAUGUGUUUGCAAUAAUAAACGCUGUUCCUGCCAUUGCUCUUCUCUCCUUCGGUUUCUUCCACAAAGGACUAAUCCCUGGCCUCUGCUUUGGUGCUGGUCUUGGAAUCACAGUGUUUGGAAUGGCUUACAUGUUUGUGCACGAUGGCUUAGUUCAUAGGAGAUUCCCUGUAGGUCCCAUUGCCAAUGUUCCCUACUUCAGAAGAGUUGCUGCUGCUCACAAACUUCACCAUUCGGACAAAUUCAAUGGGGUGCCAUAUGGCCUCUUUUUGGGACCAAAG